UCUCUCCCUCCUCUUCUCUCCUCCUUGCCCGUCUCGGCUCCCCGUCGACGAUGGCUGAGAGGCCAGGGAGCAGCGGGACAGCACCGCUGCCCGUCUGGUCCUUGCCCGGUCCCCGCGGCCGCUCCCAAAGCGACAUCUCCUCCUUCUCCUCCUCCCGGAGGACCUGCCUGCUGCGGUCCAACGUGGGAGGCUCAGUUGAUGGUUUGGACAAGGCUUCGAUUGCUAACUCAGAUGGACCAGCCCCAGGAUCCCAAACUCCCCCCUUCAAGAGGAAGGGCAAGCUCUCCAACAUUGGCAAAAUCUUUAAACCUUGGAAAUGGCGGAAGAAGAAGACCAGUGACAAAUUCAGGGAAACAUCAGCAGUGUUGGAAAGGAAGAUUUCGACAAGACAAAGCAGAGAGGAGCUGAUAAGAAGGGGAGUGCUGAAGGAAAUGCCUGAGCAAGAUGGUGAUGUAACAGUAAAUUUUGAAACUUCAAAUGGACACACCAUAGCCAUUGGUGAAGAAACCAUACAGGAAGAAAAUAUAGUAAAAGCCAGUGGAAAUAAUGGCACUUUAUCAGAGAAAGCAUCAGCAUCAGAAGGAAAAACAGAAGAUCAGAAAGAGAGCACGGGUCACUGCCCAGAAACACCGACACCCCAUGCUCCACCACUGCCUAAGCCUAAGCCCAAACCUAAAAAAGCUCCACUGCCACCAAAAAAUGCCAUUGCUGCUUCCAGCACCACCAGCCAUAAGGGUAACGAAGCACCUCACGCUAAAAAAAAGGGAAAGGCUCCUGCUAAGCAGCCUCCUGUGCCGCCGCCCAAGCCAGCGGGUGCGGGCGCGAGUCGAGAAGCUGCUGGUUCCUCUCAUGCAAAAAAACUACCAGUCUCCAAGUCUUCUUCAUCACCAUCUCCUUCAUCCACAUCAUCUCAUCACAAAGCCACUAAGGAGACUUCCAGCAAAUCUGGCACAUCAGGGACUCCCAGGGGCAAGAAAAAGCCUGGGAAACAGUCAGCCCCACGAACAGCACCAGAUGGGGCUGCUUCUUCCCCCCCAGGCGCGACAGCCGACACUUUGGAAGCGAAGGCAGAAAAACCCAAGCCUGAGCAAACUUCCACAGUAAUUUUUGAAAUGGAGAAGGCAGACCAGUCGAGCAAGCUUGUUGUGCCCCCUCCUCCCAGCGCUGCCCCUCCUCCGCCUCCACUUCCACCUCCUUUUCCUGCUGCAGCUGGUCAGCCUGCUGGCUCCUCAGGUGCCCAAGAUGUGUCAGACAGCUGUGUGGCAGGGCCACACAGCCCUGGCUCGGACACAAAGCCUCUCCUGCAGACUGAGCGUGGCGCAGACAGGAGUCUGGGCAGUGCAGCCCUAGGCAGCGCUCCGGGUGCCGGAGGAGAAGACACAGAAAGCUUGGCCACCAAAGAAGACCAAGAAGGGGAGGCUUCAGAUCAAGCAUUCUCCGAACUAGUGGAGGAGGCUUCUGACGCUGCUGCCCCUCCUGAGAGUGAAAGCAGCAGAGAGAGCCAUGGCAGUGACUCGGACUCUGACGGGCCAAUCCUCUACACAGAUGAUGAUGAUGAUGAUGAUGAUGAUGAGAAUGCAAGUACUGAAAGCUCUUUGGCAAGUAAAAUCCGUCGUAGGGAUACUCUUGCUAUCAAACUUGGCAACAGACCAUCUAAGAAAGAGUUAGAAGACAAAAACAUCUUGCAGCGUACAUCUGAAGAGGAGAGGCAGGAAAUCAGACAUCAGAUUGGAACGAAGCUAGUGAGGAGGCUUAGCCAGAGGCCCACAACUGAAGAGCUGGAGCAAAGAAAUAUCCUGAAGCAGAAGAAUGAAGAAGAGGAACAGGAAGCCAAAAGAGAAAUAAAACGUAGACUCAGUAGAAAGCUCAGUCUGAGGCCUACAGUGGCUGAACUUCAAGCGAGAAGAAUCCUCCGAUUUAACGAGUACGUGGAGGUCACGGAAUCUCCGGAUUACGACCGUCGUGCUGACAAGCCUUGGGCCAGGUUAACUCCUGCAGACAAGGCAGCAAUACGGAAAGAACUGAAUGAAUUUAAAAGCACAGAAAUGGAAGUACAUGAGGAAAGUCGGCAAUUUACCAGGUUUCAUCGUCCAUAGCUGUUUGACCACAUCCUAUAAUUCAAGUAACAAUUUUCUUUGGGGAAAUCAUUGCGUCCUGAAGACCCGAAAUUGCACUGGAACUUGAUUGAGUAUGAGUGUGUGCAACAGCUUACUCUGAGGCUCAUGAAGAAAGUGGCCCUUGUCUUUGUCAAUGGACAAGUGAGAUUAGUCUAGGAGGAGAACCCACAGGAAGCAUUUGUCCAUGUCCAGACAGACCACAGCUCUGUGGCCAGCCCACACGGACAAGCCAGUGGACUUCUUUGUCAGAGCUCCACAAGUCAGGAAGUGCUGAAGACAAUCGCUGGAGAGCCUGCUGCCAGGAUCUCAUCAGGCUUCAUAGGGUUGGGACUGAGGGUAACAAAGGGGGAGGGUGGCAAAAGAACUGAGAGCUGGAGAAAAGAGACUUUGUCAAUCCACAGAGAAAAGUGGAAUGGAUGGGACUGCUCAACAAUGCACUUGGCCAGUGGGAAGAAUUAUUUUUUAAAAAAACCUGAGAGUGUGAGCAAUUGUGCAUGUAGGUUUUUUAGUGGCUGCAGCCUGUCUUAAGAAGAUAGCAAGCCAUAAAGCCUCUUGUCAUCAGUACUUUAGGAAGAACUGUCAUUUUCUUUGGUGCCAGUAAAUACAGUUGCCAGAAAUUAGUCCUAGUAUAACUCAACCGUCUUUUUUUAAAUCCCAGUGCUCAUGCUUCAGGAAAACACAUGGAACAUUCAUACAGAACAAGUCAUAUAUUUUUUGGGUUUUUAAUGUUGACAUACUCUGGAUCCUCAGAAAUACAUAAACAGGAUUUGAAGGACAAAUAAUGUGACACUAUGAAUGCAAUGAAAUGCUUUAUGUUUAGAAGACACCUUGCUGUCUGUCACUUGCCAUUCUAACCAGAGGGAUCAUUAUCUUUGUCAUCCAUGGCAGGCAGUAGUGACAAUUUUGACAUCAUGCUAGUGUGAAUCCAAAGUUAGAAUUGAAAUUAGGCACAGAAGUCUUUAUUAAUAGGCCUGAGCGGUGAUUACUAAUGCAACGUUUUUCGCUUAAGGACUCUUGCACUGCUUUGAGGAAGAGCUCCCAGAUGAAUCAGUAUGUCUUCAGUUAGUGGUCCUUCAAAAGUGAAAGAAAAACCCUUGGGGUGUCUCCAGUCUGUUUUUGUUGAGUGUGAAGAAUGCUUCUUAGAUUUGUCAUUUUUUAUACUAUCUUGAAAUUGUACAUGUGAAUACAGUACUAUUAAAAUUAAGUGGUAUGGAGUGUGAAAGGCAAUACAUGGUUUUUCUAAGUUGGCCCAAAGGCCUAUUAAAAAGCCUGUGGUGUUGUUUACACUAAGAAAUUUUCUGUCUUAUAUUAGCACUUAUUUAUCCUUUGAACUAGUGUACACAACUUUGAGCAGGGGGGGUCUGGAAUUCACAUAUGCAUACAUUUAAUGCAGUAUUACAAUAUAUUUGCUAUUUAUCCUUUCUAAUGUGUGUACAUACUACAAUUUAUUUUUGUCUUUUAUGUGUCCUGUUCAGUUUUUAAUUAUAAAGUGUAAGUAUUUCUUUUUCUGGCAAUAAAUGGUCUGUGUAGAUGUGAUUUUUACCUCAGAACCUCUGAUAGAUUCUUGUGGAAUGUGUUUAGUUUAUAAAAUUGAAGGUUGUUGUUAGAGAUGUCAGCCUAAAGGCAGGAAGGCAAUUUGGUGGCUAAAAUUAGAUAUCCCUCUAAAGAGCUAUUUACAACAAGACCAGGUUUGCAUAAAUGAGGUGGAUUAUUUUAGUGAAGAGCACCUCUAGUAACAGGAAAGUGCUUUCCAACAGCUGUCAUUCUCUGUCACCAUUAUUUUUUAAGACAUUGGCAAACCUUUUUUUAAAAAACAUAAGAUUUAAAUGACUGUUAGGAUCCAUUACACUUUGGUAAAAGUCUAAUAAUGUACAAGCCACAAAACAUCAAUAACCAAAUUUAAAAAGCCAUCUACAUGCCUGUAGCAAAGAAAAGGAAGCAGCACCUUCCUUUUUAAAUGGAAUCAAUAAGAGCCAUUAGGAUUCCAUUUGCAGAAAAUAAUCUUCUGGAAAGCCCAUCAUUCUAUAAAUAUAGAAACACCACUGACAUCAAGGAAGCAGUGAAAAUGUAUUCUUUGGCACUAAAUCAUACAGGAAUUAGCAGGGCAUUAGAGACAAGGUUUGUCAGCAAUUCUGGUAGAAUGCUAAUUUUUAUUUUUUAGAAUUUGAAGAGUAAACUUAAGAGUUGCACUAGAAUAGUUCUGCUUCAACUUUUUUUUGCUGAUGUUGCCAAAUUAGGAAUGUGUAUCCAAAAUCAUAUAAAGGUCUACUAUGUUGAUUUUGAAGUAUAGAACACAUUAUUUCGCUUCAGAGGAAAUGAAUGGAGCAAAUAAAUAGAUCUCAGUGUUGCCUUAAUCAUGUUGAAACACUUGAAAGCAGCCAAGAUACUGAAGACAGAAAGACAGAUGUGGUACAGGCAGGAUAACUCCGAAAAAGGUAAUGUCAGACUAUAAAUAUUUUAAAUAUAACACAGCCGCUCCACCACCAUGCCAAGGUACACGCAGGUUACACAAGAAAACUUAAACUUGUUAAACUCUUAGGUUAAAGUGAAAAAAUUGACUUUGCAAGAAGACAUUCCUCUAUACUAGGCCUGGACCAUGGAUGGAAAGUCAUGUGGCCACCUUUUUGUAAUAACACAAAGAUGAGGAUAUAACUUCUGGCUCAGACUUCUUCAAGCUGAAGUUAUGUCACAAGAAAUAAGGAUGCAUAGGUAAGGUAUCACUCAGGCUUUCCCUAUCCUCCUUCUGGGGCUGGAUGGGUUUUUUUCAAGUAUUCCCUUCAAGGCAUUGCUAGAUUCAGGACAUUAGCCUUGGUAGAGAUGCUGAGUUAAUUCUUAAUUUCUUACUAUUUUGAUAAUUAUCAGAUGCAGAUCAGAUUGGUUGGCCCACAGUUCAGCAAACUAAUUAAGUACAUUUACAUAACUGGACAAAGAGCUGCCUUUAUCGGAACUUAUGUAAAAUCCUACGUAGU